AUGCAUCUCUCUUUGCUCAGUUUGAGUGUGUUGGUCUCCUAUGUCCUUGCCUCGCCUACUGGAAACUUCAUCAUCCACGAGAAGCGUGAUGCUACUCCCAUGGGCUGGAGCAAGGGCGAUCGCCUUGAUCGCCGCGCUCUGAUCCCCAUGAAGAUUGCCUUGACACAGCGCAACAUCGACAUGGGUGCAGACUAUCUGCAUGAAGUCAGUCAUCCUGCAUCUGCCAAGUAUGGUCAGCAUUGGACUGCGCAAGAAGUUGCAGACCACUUCGCUCCCAGUGAGGAGACCAUCUCCUCCGUGAUGGAUUGGCUCAUCGCUUCCGGAAUCUCUUCCGACAGCGUCAAGUUGAGCAAGGGAAAGAACUGGAUCAACUACGAAGCCUCGGUCGAUCAGGCAGAGUCUCUGCUCAAUACCAAGUACCAUCUUUACGAGCACGAUGCUACGGGUCAUCCUCACAUCGGCUGUGACGAAUACAGUCUUCCCAAGCAUCUCAAGGAUCACAUUGACUUCGUCACUCCUUCUCUGCAUUUCGACGCCAGAGUCACCGAGCGCUCCGAGAACCUCGAGAAGCGUGAUGUGACCCCUGACACCGGCAAGGAGAUUGGUCAGCCUGGCAGCUGGAGCACACCUCAUCUGGGUGCAUUGAUCAACAAGUCCCAAUUCAUCAAGGAGCUUGAGCAGUGUGAUGAGCAGAUCACUCCCGACUGUCUCAAGGCCCUGUACAAGAUUCCCAAGAGCACCGGCAAGAGUGUCAAGAACUCCUAUGGUAUCGUAGAGUACACUCCUCAGGCCUACGUUCCAUCCGAUCUCGAUCUCUUCUUCGCCAACUUCUCGACAAAGCAAGUCGGAGACCGUCCCAUCACCGAUCUGAUCGACGGUGCCGUUGUUCAGCAGACCAACAGGAGCUUCAGCUUCAACGGCGAGAGUAACCUUGACCUGGAGUACGCCAUGACCUUGAUCUACCCUGAGAAAGUGACACUUUUGCAAGUUGGUGACCUCGUCGAAGGUGCAUCUUUUAACAACUUGCUCGAUGCCAUUGAUGCUUCCUACUGCUCAUAUGAGGGUGGCGAUGACCCGUCUCAAGAUGGUAUCUACCCUGAUGUCUACGCUGGAGGCUACAAGGGCAAGGAGGACUGUGGAACUUUUGCUCCUCCCAAGGUCAUCAGUACAUCCUACGGCUACAACGAGGCCGAUCUUACUCCCUACUACGAGCAGCGCCAGUGUAACGAGUACAUGAAGCUCGGACUCAUGGGCACCUCCGUGCUCUACAGUUCAGGUGAUUACGGUGUUGCUGGCAACGGCGGCCAGUGUCUCAACGCCAACGGUACUUACAACUCUGGAAAGUCUGGUCGCUUCAACCCUUCAUUCCCUGCCACCUGCCCCUACGUUACUGCUGUAGGAGCUACCCAAGUCAUUCCCGGUACCAACAUCAUCACUUCGCUUGCCACCGGCACCCAGCCCGAAGAAGCCUGUGAGACCGUCAUCUACUCUGGCGGUGGUUUCAGCAACGUCUUCCCUCUCCCUAGCUACCAGUCCUCAGCCGUCAAGAGCUGGUUCAAGAACUACCCCCCACCAUACGGCGCCGAUCGCUUCAACAACACCCAACAAACUCGCGGUUUCCCCGAUGUCAGUGCAAACGGUGCCAACUACAUCGUUGCCAUUGAUGGAUCCUUUGGUCUGGUCUACGGAACUUCGGCUUCUUCACCUACCUUUGGUUCUAUCCUGACCAUCAUCAACGAGAGACGUCUCCAAGCUGGCAAGAGCAGUAUCGGUUUCAUCAACCCUACUCUGUAUGCUCACCCCGAGGUCUUAAACGAUGUCACUCAGGGAGGCAACCAAGGAUGCGGUACUGCUGGGUUCAGCGCCAGCAAGGGUUGGGAUCCGGUCACCGGUCUCGGUACCCCUGACAGUCUCAAGAUGCUUGCUUUGUUCUUGAGCUUGCCUUAA